UGUCAGUUUCUCAGUUUCUCCGUGUGAGCUGUUCACUGUUGAGCUCGGAAGUAGAACAUCUCACAAGAUGUGGGCUCCAUGGCAGCAAUGGCUGGUGUGGUUAGCCAUUCGUCCUGUUGUCGCCGUGUUCUGGACGUUGUCUCACAUCUUGUGUAUAUUUCACCGAACAAAUACGCUACCUCCAGUCUCCAGCCAGUUGUUGCUCUACAGUGCGUCCGAUCUCGCCAGGAUGGUCAGGAGUAGAAAGGUCCAUUGCCAAGAUAUAAUACAAGCAUAUGUAACCAGAAUAAAGGAGGUGAACCCCAUCAUCAAUGCAGUGGUGCAGUCUAGGUUUGACCAGGCAUUGGAGGAGGCUAAGAAGAUUGACGCCAUGUUGGCAGAGACGUUAUGUACUGAGGAAGAAUUAGCCAGGGACAAGCCAUUGUUGGGAGUACCUAUAACAAUCAAGGAGAGUAUACCAGUCAAAGGUAUGAGCAACAACGCUGGUGUACCCAACAGGUCCAGAGUUGCUAAAGAAGACUCUGAUGCGGUGGCUAGACUGAGGACUAGAGGAGCCGUAGUUCUCGUUGUGUCCAACACGCCAGAGUUGUGUCUGAGCUGGGAGACGUACAACCCUGUGACGGGGAGGACCAACAACCCUUACAACACUGCGAGAACAUCCGGGGGCUCCUCAGGUGGAGAGGGAGCUCUGCUGGGUUCAGCUGCCUCAGUUAUUGGUUUGGGUUCUGACAUCGGAGGUUCAGGUCGGGUUCCAGCCAGUUUCUGUGGAGUGUUCGGCCACAAACCUUCCUCAGGUUACAUAAAUGCCAAGGACCACAUGCCUACAUCCGAGGACCCCCUGUGGCCCAAAGUGUUUGUGUUUGCUCCGAUGGCGAGAUACUCCGAGGAUUUGCCACUGUUGUACUCUUCCUGUGUAGAAGAUGAGAACAGACUGAAGGAACUGAGACUGGACGAACCUGUAGAUUUGAGGAAGGUGAAGUUUUAUUACAUGGACAGCGAUGGUUCUAAGAUAACCAGUAGUGUUUGCGGGGAUGUGAAAGCAGCUCUCAACAAAACCAUAGCCCAUGUAGAGAACUCUCUAGGAGUGAAAGUGGAAAAGAUGAACAUAGAUGAGUUCAAACACACGGCUCAACUAUCCUGCAUCAUGCUGUUAAGGAUGAAAGCAUGUCACACGAUAUUUCAAAAGUCGGAAGAUAGUAUAACUGAGUGGAAGAGUGUUUUGUGGCAGUGGAUACUUUGGUUUUUAUGUCUUUCACCUCAUACACUUCAUGCUCUUAUUUAUGGAGCCAUGAAGAAGUGGUUUGCAGACGUAUAUUCGGAACAAGAGGCUUGCCGCAUGGAUGAGUGCAAAGAUCUCAUCUUUCAGAAACUAAAUGACUGCCUUGGAGACAAUGGAGUUCUCCUGUACCCCGCAUUCCCUGAUCCUGCUCAUCUACACAUGCAGAUCUACUUUAAACAGGUCAACGCUGCGUACUUGUCAUUCUUCAACCUAGUAGACAUGCCAGCCACAGCUUUCCCUGUCAUGCUCAACAGCAAAGGACUUCCUGUUGGACUGCAGGCUGUGGCAGGUAGGGGUCAGGAUCGUCUGACUUUAGCAGUCGCUCGUGAGAUGGAGAAGGCAUUCGGAGGAUGGGUUCCUCCCACCGGGACAGAUAUGAUGGAAGUCAAAUCAUGACCGGAGUAGAAAUGGAAUAAAAUCUUGUAAAUCAUAAAUGAUGAAGCUAAGUGCUGUGAAGAACAUAAAACUUUACCAUCAUUCAAGACGACAUUUCAUUGAAGUUUAUACAACGUGAAGUGAGGCAUGAAAAAUAUUGUGAGGAGUAAUAAGUGUUAAAUUGAUCGCAAGUGAUUUGUAUUGACUAGCACAUAAUUCUUGGAUGAUUGGCAGCAAGUUUAUGAAAUGACUGCCGUAAGCUAAUGUGGUAGUAUGUUGUAAUAUAGUAAAAUAACAAAGUGAUCAUCUGUGUAGUGCAACCACAUCACAUUUCUAAGGCCUAAAACUUUAAUGUAUUUUAUUAAAAAAAAAUUGAGUUUUACCUUUUUUAGAUGCUACUGUGUUGCAUCUAUCAAUAAUAGGUAUAAAGACUAGCACAGUUUGAUUGAUGCAUAUUUAUCCAACUAAAUUAAUAAAUUAUUGAUACAUGUCUCAGGAAUUGUGGAACUGUAUAGUUUUAUUAUUUACUAUUAUUGUUCAGAUUAAACUAAAAGAAUCAUUUACUUUCGGAGGUUAAGUUUAGAAAUGCAAAAUAUCUAAUAAGCAUUUGAUAUUCACUUUUUUAGUUUUAUAAAUGGACUUGAUAAAGUUAAAACAUUGAAGUAUAUCUGCAUUCUAUUUUCAUACCUGAGCAGUUCAAAUAAAACUACCAAGGAAUAUUCUAUUGAGAAUCUAACUUUCCAUGUCUUAUAUAAGUACCUACUUCUUUCAUGAGAUCUAAUUUACUAUACUAUUAAGUUCUACUAAUUUUUGUCUUUUGGUAACCUGUGGUACCAAGGAUGAUGAACAUAAAAAAAACACAUUUUAAAUCUUUGCAGUAUU